UCCCUGGUCUGCCCUGCCUGACAGGGAUGCCCUGACCCCGCGGGGUCACCCUCCCCUUACUCGGGGUUGUCACCACCCUCGCUGGCGCAGCCGCGGGGCUGGGCGGCCGGAUCCGCAGCCCCCCCGGGCCUCCAGUGCCCUCCCUCCCCCGCUUUGUGCUUUUGUGCCAAGCCGCCCCUGUGAGCAGGGCCCCGUGCAGUGGGGGGUUCUGCUCGUGUCCUUGCACCCGGGACCGGUCGAGAGGGCCCUUGAGCGGCCCGCUUUGCCCGGGCCCCGCAGCACACCUUGCUGCGGGGAGGAUCGGCCGGAGUGGACGCGGGGCUCUACCGGGCCCGCCCCCCAACCGCCACCACUGCGGCCGCAUCAAUCAUUAACGUUGGCUCGGGUGUCCAACACCUCUCUCCCCGGGAAACCCUACCCGGGGCGGCGGGGGCGUCUCUCCCCGCUCCCCGGGAGCACUGGAUGCGCCGCUGGUUUCCAGUUACCGCGAUGCCGGGCGGCGAGGCGGGAGGAGCCGCGGCGGUGCCGCCACUGCCCCUGCUGCAAUGAGUGAUGCUGCCGGGGGCGGUGGCGGAGGAGGAGAAGAAGCGCAGAGCCACCGCGGCUCCUCCGCCGGCGGCUGCGGGAGCAGCGGCUCUACCUCUCCCAGGCAGCGGCGGCGGGGCGAGGUGGCGGCGGGCGGCGGGCCGGGUGCGACGAGGGAGCCCAGGUCCGGCGAGGGCAGCAGCAGCAGCAGCAUGCCGGCGGGCGAGGGGGACAAGGAGGAGGCGACACCGCCUCCUCGCCCCGCUGCUCUGCUGCGAUGGGACGAGGUGCCCGAGGACUUCGUGGAGUGCUUCAUCCUUUCGGGCUACCGGCGGCUGCACUGCUCGGCGCAGGAGUGCCUGGCCUCGGUGCUGCAGCCCACCAACGAGACCCUCAACUUCUGGACCCACUUCAUCCCGCUGCUGCUCUUUCUCAGCCGCUUCGGGCGGUUGCUGCUGCUGCGGGGCGCCGGGGACGUGCCCUUCCACCACCCGGCUCUGCUGCCCCUCUGGUGCUACGCCUCGGGGGUGCUGCUCACCUUCGCCAUGAGCUGCACAGCCCACCUCUUCAGCUGCCUCUCCCCGCGCCUCCGCGCCGCCUUCUUCUACCUGGACUAUGCCUCCAUCAGCUACUACGGCUUUGCCAGCACCGUGGCCUACUCCUACUACCUGCUGCCAGGGCUGAGCCUGCUGGACGCUAGCGCCAUGAGCCACUACGUGCAGCAGCAGCUGGGCUGGCAGCUGGACUGCAGUCUGCCCAUCGCGGCCUACCGCACUCUGGUGCUGCCCGUGGCCCUGGCACUGGCUGUGGGCUGCACGGCCGCUUGCUGCCGCAGCCGUGCCGCCUGCUGCGCCUACCCCUUCGCUGUGCGCACCUUCGUCUUCGCCAUGCCACUGAGCAUGGCCUGCCCCAUCAUGCUGGAGAGCCUCCUCUUUGACCUGCGCACCCGCAACCCCACGCUUUUCGUCUAUUUCUACCGGCGCUACUUCUGGCUGCUGGUGGCUGCCUUCUUCAACGUCAGCAAAAUCCCUGAGCGUAUCCAGCCAGGACUGUUCGACAUCGUGGGACACAGCCACCAGCUCUUCCACAUCUUCACCUUCCUGAGCAUCUACGACCAGGUGCACUAUGUGGAAGAUGGGCUGGCCGAGUUCCUCAAGGCACCCCUGGCCGCCCCCACCUACCUUGGCACUGUGGGGUAUAUGCUAUUACUCACGUUCUGCCUGGCUGUGGUCGUCAGGAGGUUCCUCAAUGUUACAGACCUCUGCAAGCAGGAUUAGUUGGGCCAGCAACCCUUGGGACAGUGACCAUCACGACAGUGACCCUUGAGCUGGAGACCGGAGAGGGCUGAUGACUUUCAGACUGGUGACCCUCAGACUGGCUCCACCACGUCCUGAAGAUGCUGUGAAGCCGCAGGGAAACACACCUGUGGAAGAGCCAGGUCCCUUUCACGAAGGGUUGCCAGAGAGAAUGACCAUGGUGGAACUGCUCGUGCUCUUUAAACUACUAGGUUACCAGGGGAAGCAAGCAAACGCUUACUGGUAUGUUGCUGCUUAGAGUAUAAGCUGAAAUAAUUUAGCUCUGCUACUAGGAAGAAUGCAUGAACUCUGAAUGCCACCUACUAAUUUAAUAACAAUUAGGUUUAAACUAGCUCUGUGUAUACAUAUAUAUUUAUAUAUUUAGCUACAUACUUAUUAGCUACAUAUAUGUGUAUAUAUAUAUAUACACCUGAAGACACUUGUGCAAUGAAUACUUAUAGACUUUUAAUCUACUCCUGUAUGAAAUUUCCUAGCAGAUUAUGCACUGACAUUUAUCUUCCUCUGUGAUACUGUAACAGGCUUUGCAGCCACAUACUGGAUUUUAAAUGCAAACAAAUCGAUAGCUAUCUAUAGUUUCUAAGGUCUUGCAGCCUCUUCAAGCCAGGGAACAAUAGAUAUAACAGAGAGAGGAAAAACAGCUGUGAAUUAUUACAGAUUUACCAGUUGAUGAAGAGACAUGAAUUAGACAGGCAGUGCAUGGCUGGUGUAGCCAUUCAUAUACUAAAAUAAAAAAGAAUACGUAAAAUAACUGAACCAGAAAGGGGUCAAACUAGUUUGGAGCAGGGGUGAGGGGAGAAGAAGGGUGCUGCAUAAUGGCCUGGCUCUUCCCUCAGCAUGUCAAAAACAUCUGUUGUGUUAAGGGGGUUGCUAAGGGGCCUCUAUCUUCCCUGGUAAAACACCCCCAAAUCAGCCCUUUAAAAGUCAGAUGCCAGACUUUCUAUAAGCCCCUGUCAAGCUCAGUGGGAGUUCUGUGAAUGUAAAGAGAAUAAUUGAUGCAUGAGAUCUUAUUCUGGAUCAGUUAAAGAAUUACAUGGAACUGGUUUCUUCUGCUCUUUAACUAGAUCUCUGUCAGACUUACCAACCUAAAAUUAGUUGCAGAAUAAGGUACUGCUGAAUCUGAGUCCAGGACCUAAAACCUGCAUCUGCAAGCACUGGUUACUGGCAUUUUCUCAUCAUUCCCCACCUUUUCCUAUUUUGAUUAAUUGUGGCUAUAACUGUGUGUUUUGAAGUCCUCUUUCAAAAGCUUGAGGGGGUUUCAAAGACAAGAAUGAUGAGAUACUUUCCAAAGCAGCACCUUUUCACAACAACCCAGGUAUUAUCCUUCUCACUCAACAUACAGCUAACUACAGAUUGAACUUACUCUUUAUAUAAAGAGACAUUUUUUUAAAUUAUGUGCAGAUUUUAAACAGAUAUAUUUUGAUUUUGUCUGACAGAACAAGUGUGCAAUAAUAUUACACAAGGGGUCACAACUUGAAAUUUACGUGAGAAACUGCUUCUAUACCCUAUUUUCAAAUAGACAGGUGGUACUUUCUUUAGGAAAUUCUGGUGUCAUACUGCACAAUAGUGUAGCAGCUCUUUAACUCAGCCUCUGUGCCCUUAUUGUGAAAACACAUUUCUGCUUGGAGUUUCUCACUUUCGUGAACAUGUCAUCCAAACCCCAAGAAAAUGUCUUGAGUCCCAUAGUCUUCUGUAAGACAAAGCCCCCUUUGUUUAUAAUGGGAAUACAGGAAGGAGUAUAGCUAAGAAUCAUCAAGUCAAAUCCUUACUAUGGGUCAAAAUUAUCACCCAAAACUGUAAUUGAUAUAUUCGGUACCAAUGUCAGCUUUGUGAAAAUUUCCCUAUGAAAGUGCAUAAGCUAAAAGAAAAUUAUAACCACUUCAUUUUACCUUUUAGCUCAGCCUAUUUUAACUAUAAUAGCUUGAAUCUUUCAGACUCUCAGUGAAUUAUGAAAAUAGCCUAAAAAAAUAUGUAUUCUUUGCCAGCCACAGUUCUGCUAGUAUAUAAUUUGUGGCAGGGUCACAUGUGGUCUCUUAGGGAGAUUGGCAAGAAUUUUCUGAAACAGCAGUUCCCAAACUGUAGCCUCUUGAAUUAUCACUGAUGGGCCAUAAAAAAACAGCACAGCCCUGUGUGGCUGUCUGUGUUCCAUUUUCAUUUGCCAACCUGCAUUAAAAGAAAAUUAAAACUACAUGAAGUAAUUUUAAUUUUACAUAUUUUCAUUAACUUUUAUCAUAAAUAUGGCAUUGCUUUAUUCAAAUGCCAAUAAAGCAGAAAAUUAUCUACACCACUGGGAGAAGAGGCUGGUUCACAACCCUGUCAUGCUUGAAAUGUGCUUUAUAUUGUGGAAAAUCCCUGGAAAUUCUCAACAGAAAGCAAAUAUAUCAAGACCUGCAACAAUGCUUUCCUAUGGAUUUCCAGAACUGCAAAAAGAGGCCAAAAUCUUUGAGAUGUGCUGUAUUCAAGUUAAAAUAAUAGAGGCAUAGUUAGAGCCCAAUGACUCAUCCAAGUUUCAAAACUAAUUAUGUAGAAAAGGUUUGCCUCAGAGAUGCCACUGGCAUGCCCAACCAGCAAUUAAAAAAGCUAAGAAAUAAAUCAAAAAGGCUAGGGACAGCAGAUCUCAGCACUAGAAGACAGCUCAGAAACAAGCAACAGUAAAAGCCAAAUGGAAAAAAAGGCUUUAAACGCAUACUGUAUAAUUAAUUAUAUUUGUGCUUGUCAGUCACAAUGUAGAGGACAUCUCAAGAGGCAAUGUCAAAAAAAAGCUGUUGCUAACUUGUAAAAAUACAUUUGAUAUUUGCAGUUACGCCACACAGGGUCAUCUAUAUAUAUCUCAACGACAGAUAACAGUAUAAAGGUUGGAUUGCAACCAACUGCAAUUUUACUGGAAUCUUACUGCUGUUAACAGAGGUGCCUGUGAGCCCCAGUCACACUGCAGAUUUGCUACCUGGCUCUGAACAUGGCUUCAUUUAAAACUUUCUUUUGGCAAAAUGCUGAGGCACGUGUAUGGGCCCAAACUCUUCGUGAAAUUAUUGGUAAAUGCUGGUUGCAAAUGCUGCUGUUUGAGCCAUUGUAAACAGGCUGUAUGAAUCAGGAAUGAAUGGGUACAGGGAGAUGUGAUUAGAUUGUAGGAGCACUAGUUAAUGUACGCUUAUUCAUUUGUCUGUUUACAAUGUGGCUACAAAUUAAAAAGUUACAGUAAGUGUGGAUAGUAUCUAAGGAAAUACUAUCUGAGUGUCUGUGUUUAUUCAGUGAAGGACAUGUAUGCAGAUGAUUGCUCCAUUUGCCAUGUCCAAUAGCCAGUCUUCAUAAAUACAGACAGAACAAAACUAAGUUAAAGAGGUUAAAAGUGGAACAAGACAUCUAUAAUUAUAGUGCUUGAAUUUGCUCAUGUAGAAAUGAAUGUCAGCAUUCGUAUGGCUUGUAAGGGAACAGGAUCUCUUAUUACUGUGAAAGUAUGCAUGGCUCAAAGUCUGUAAGCUUGGGCAGGACUGGAUGUCUAACUGUGGACUCAUAGCUCACCUUUAAAGCCAAAAGAGGCUUUUCAGGCCUUUUAUGGUAGAAUCUGUGUGGGGAUGAGGGACGAGGAGAGGACUGGAACAUAAGGCGAUGGUCCAAAAACGUCUUCGUGUCUGUCCAUCUUUGAGUGAUGUACCUGUGCCAAUGUGAACUGAUUGUUGAUGGGGCCAGUUCUGAAGUGUCAGUGGCACAGACACCCUCCCUUGCAAUCAUCAUGUGCCUGGAACUGCAGUCUACACAUUGGCAGAUAUUCAAUAAGCCUGGCUGCUGGGCACUUCUGAGUAAUCUGUAAGCUUGGAGCUCAGCUUUGUGUAAGAUUGAUAAACAUACCUAGUCUGUAGUAACCAGCUUGCAUUCUGUGAUGAUGCACUAUAUCUUCUUCUGCAGUGUAUUCAUCUGAAUGUCACUAACCAGAAUAUCUGUGCAGCUCUGAGAUGCUUCAUUAGCGAGACUGGAAUCUGCAGUCUGGAAACAAAGGGAAAGGUUUCAUCUGCAUGCUGCACUUGGAGAAAUUUAGCAGUCAAAAAUAGAAGCACAUUGGUUUUUGCUAAAUGAUAGUUUUGCCUAGUCGUUCUAGCAUUGUGCUUGUUAUUUAUUUACUGAAUCCAGCUACUAUGCUGGAUUCUUGUCAACAGUGUACUUGCAAAAAAUGACAGUAUGAAGGUUUUACUUUAAGUAAACUAUCUGAGGCAGCACAUUCAUAAAGUAUUACUGCACUUAACUCUGUUGAUUACCAUCCACAUGCCUUACAGAAGCAAAUCAUACAUGUAGUAAUUGCCCAGAUUAUACUGUUUUCAUUGCCUAUGAGAUUAAAAAUCACCAAGUGGCUGGUAUCAGUCCCUGCUUUGCCGCUACCUGUGCUAUAAUCUAGGGCAAAUUGGUUAAACUGUGUUAAUUUUUAAUUUUAAUUUUAAUAUUAUUAAUGUUUAAUUUAAUUCAUGUAAAACACUGGAAUCGUACCAGGGUUGAAUAUGACCCUCUGUGACUCAGUUUCCACAUCUGUAAGAUGGGGAGAAUAUACCUUACCUACCUCGCAGGGUUGCUCUGAAGACUAGCUAAUGUUUGUAAAGCACUCAAAAAUGCAAAGACCCUCCUAGGUGCUAAGAAGAAAUACUACUGAACUCCGGCAGAGAGAAUGUUAUCUUUUUCUGUAGCUCCUCAUCUCGCAGGGAGAGGAACAUGAAUGUCUCUAGUCCAUGAACUCCUGGGACAAGCCCUCAGCAUUGCCAUACUCUUGGAGGUUCACGUCCUCUGUCUUUUGGAGCUGAUGGCAAAAUUUCCACUUCGGGGAAGGGGGGGGCACUAAAGACCUAAGCAGUAGUAAACAGGCUGACUAGAUGCUUAAGGGUUGGGAAUAAAGAGAAAAGAUGUAUGUGUUAAGUACUCUUCAGAAAUUCUCAGUGGUUGCUUGUUCAUUCAGCCAUGGAUUGUAUUCCAGUUACGGUGAAACAAUGGAGCAAGAUUUCCCAUCUGUGUCUGUAAGACUAUGAGUGUGUCUUAGUUGCUACUGGGACUUUUAGUCUACUUCAAGCUACUUCUUAUCAGAAUAAAAAGACCUUAAAUAAAUAAAGCUUUUAAAUAAACAUGUGUAAUCAUUUGGGAACAUAAAAUUAUAUUGAGCAAACACCUUUCUAUUUUCCCCUCCCUUAUCCAAAACCAACAACAUGGAGCCAAUCCUGUUCUUGAGUAAAAACUGAACUUGGAUCUUCUUAUCACAUAUGUGUACUCUUAUUUUGCUGGGAGCCUGACUAAUUAUCCAGCUAACCCACUCUGCCCUUCUUCUGGACAGACUGGAAUAAACAAACAGCAUCACUGAGUAGAGCUUUUCUAACUGGCAGCAGUAGUGGAGACCAAAAUAAAGAAAUAAAAUUAAAUUUAAAAAAAAAAAGAGAGAGAAAAAAAAGUAAAAAAAAAAAGAAAAGAUAAAGACAUCAAAGACAUUUCAGUGGUUCAUUAAGUCAAAGCCUCUACUGUUAGAAAUUCACCUUGUUCAAGUAUAUUCUUAGCUUCUGUUAGACACCUGUAAGUCAGGGAUACUGACCAACCAACACCCAACUUACACCCAACUUCAUCCUUUUCUCAAAUAACAUGCAAGAUGCUGAGGAAGUGUCACAUGCACUGAAAGACACAGAUUUCUAUUUAGGAUGUUCAGUGUUUUGGAGCUGGGUGUGGGAUAGAGUUAAACUGUUUUCACAAGUUGCUUAGCCUGUUGCUGCUUCAUUCCUCUGAAUUCAGUAAUAAAUUAAUGACCAAAAGGAAGCAGGCUUUUGCUUGCAGUUCCCUGUAAGGAAACAUCACCAGCAGACUUCUGCUUUCAGGGCAAUUGCUUCCUGUACUCAGAACACAGAGGAUUCUGAGGUAGGGCUUUGCUAUUUCAUGUGAACACCUUAGGUUUCUGGUUGUAGCUGCAGCUAAUAGUAUGGAGAAACAGUUUCUAUAAAGUCAGUUCUGUUUGCUAGAGAUUCAAGCACGCUUUAGUAUAAGGUACCACAUUUAAGGGUCUGUGCAUGCAAUGAACAAAAAAUGUGAAUUUUGUUUGGUUCUGUUGGAAGGGUUUCAAAAUUUACUCUUUGUACACUUUGGAUGCUGACUACUGUAUAUGUAAUGACUAUGCAUUUUUAGCAAAAAAAGUGUGAGCUAUAAAUAAAGUUGAUUCUGAGUACAUUUUUGCAGAAAGCA